UCAUACCGAGUGCAGCUUUAAUGCUCGACUGUUUCACUGUAGCAUGCCCAGUGACAGAAGGCUUUUCCGCUCACCAGCACAGUAGAGACAUUUAGGACAGUGCAGCUGCUGCCAGGCACUGGGGAGAGACUGGACACCGAGAAAUUACACAGGCCUUACAGACACAGCGCUGCUCACACCCAGACUGAACUGUAGGCAAUGUCUCCACACUAGCCAGAUGCAAAAAAAAAAAACACAACACAUCUGGAAGACAGAACGUUUUCAGUUAGUACCAGUCUACUGCACUGAGCUAACACAGCACACUAACUGACUGACAGGCCGGAUUUCCUUUGCCCUAAAAGCCCGGAGCUCUGCAGACAGAGCACGUUUGUUUCGUGUUAAGCCUUCACAGUGGGAUUAGUUUUUGAUAUAAAGCAGCUUUCCAGUGGUGUGCCUCAGAUCUCAGGCAGGGUGCCUCCUCCUCCUCCUCUUCCUCUCCUCAUGUCCUAUUUUACUUCAUCUGCGCGGGCUCUGCGUCCUCGCGCACGCACCAAAUAAUCACCCUGGGGGUGACGAUGUGCACGUGCAUUUUCCUUUAUUUACCCCGCCACAGGCUAAACUACGGCGUGGACAGAAUGGUGGAAGGGUGAUACAGGUUCCACAGCUUUUUAUUCAAACUGAAAAGGAGUUGGAAGUUCAUACUGAUGCCGAAAUCACUCCUAUACAUUUGGGGUUCAAUGGCGGUUAUUCAUAUAAAUGUGCACGACCUGUGCAUUCUUGUAUAACCAAGGCCACAAUUAAUUAAAAAACACUUCAAAUGGAGUUUGGAGACGGGGUUCUCUCUUAACACACUCCAUGGGAGUUGCACCGAGUGAGGAACAAGCAGACGUCAUCACAUCACCACUACAUCAGGAGUGAAUGAGCCCUGAGGGGGAGAUGACAAAGGAGGAUGUUUCAGAGCGGGUCGAGGGAGAAACUGUGCUGGGCUGGGCCUCCUCCCAUCAGCGGCCGGUUAUCCACCAGGUGGCCUCUGCACCCAUGCCCAGUGACUGUGAGUUCUCCUUCUUUGACCCCAGUGAGCCGCAGUGCAGGGAAGUUCUUCUUGAUCCUAGCACAACCAUACCAGAGCUGUUUGCUGUCCUCAGGCAGUGGGUGCCCCAGGUUCAGAAGAACAUCGACCAUAUUGGCAAUGAGAUCCUUAAGAGAGGCUGCGGUGUGAAUGAUCGAGAUGGUCUGACAGAUAUGAGCCUCCUGCACUACUGCUGCAAGGCCGGAGCCCCGGGCAUCGGUGAUGCAGAGACGGCGGCGAGCUUCGCUCGACAGCUUCUUGCCCUGGGUGCUGAUCCCAACCUUCGCUCACGCUGGACUAACAUGAGAGCCCUGCACUACGCUGCAUACUUUGAUGUGCCGCAGCUUAUCCGGGUGGUGUUGCAGGCCUCCCAGCCUGGAGCGGUGGAUGCCACCUGUAGUGACUUUGACUUUGGCACCGCCCUACACAUUGCUGCGUCCAACCUGUGCACAUCUGCUGUCAAAUGUCUCUUGGAGCUGGGAGCCAACCCUGCUUUCAGAAAUGAAAAGGGGCAGUGCCCAGCAGACGUGGUGCCUGAUCCCCUCGACAUGCCUUUGGAGAUGGCAGAUGCAGCCGCUGUGGCAAAAGAGCUUCGCAUUUUGCUGAGACAGGCUUUACCCAGACCCAGCUCCCCUCUGCCCCUCACACUGCAAACACUGUCCCCCCCUGCUCUCUCCGAUAAGGCCCGAAUACAGCUGGCCACCAUGGGAAUCCGGCUAGGUGACUGCGUGGUGAUUGCUGGACAGAAGGUUGGAACCCUGCGAUUCUGCGGAAGCACAGAGUUCUCUGGAGGCCUCUGGGCCGGGGUGGAGCUGGAUAAACCAGAGGGGAAGAACGAUGGCUCAGUAGCAGGAGUUCAGUAUUUCACAUGUCGAAUGAAACAUGGAAUAUUUGCUCCCCUUUCUAAGAUAAGCAAACCUUUGGAAAGACAUAAAACCAGCACCGUAAAGACAUCCACACCCAUACGCCCCCCUCGACGUAUUGACCUGUCCCGCAUCACCUCGAAGAUAAACACAGGCGUUCUCUCCCGCUCUCUCUCCUCUUCGUCCUCUUCACUGGACUCUCGGCAAGGGCCAGGUGCUCGACCUCGCCCACUGCCAAGGCAACGUCUAUCUGCCAGGCCACGAAGACAACGUCCCUCCCUGAGCCCCAGGACCACGCCCUCACCAGCCCUCCGCUCUUCUCCUGAUACCACCACACUUAGCACUGCAGGUGUUCGAAGCCGGACCCCCUCAGCUAGUAGCUCUGUGUGUGGUGGCCCAGAGGUGCGCCUAGGGGAGAGGGUGCUGGUGGUAGGCCAGAGAACUGGUGUAGUCCAGUUCUAUGGAAAAACCAGCUUUGCUCCAGGGCUCUGGUUGGGCAUUAAACUAGACAAGCCAAGUGGUAAGAAUGAUGGAUCAGUGGGAGGAGUGAGGUACUUCAGCUGCCCACCAAAACAUGGCGUCUUUGCUCCUCCGUCUCGUGUUCAAAGGAUCCAUGGGUCUGUCGAUUGCCUCUCAGAGUUGUCUUCCUCACGCCUCAGUCAUCCUUUGAAUGGCACAAUCCGUCGAAGUUUCAGCACCACGUCGUCCAUCGCCACCCCGAAAGAGACAAGCAGAAGAAGUCCUGUUACCAGAAGUCGUUCCAACCCUCACCGUCGGCGCUGGAGCACCCUCAGCGGUGGUGUCAGUGUCCCGGGGAGCGCAGCAGGGUCUGGAACCUUGCCCGGCUCUGACGGACAGGUCUGCCUCCAUGUUGGCAUGCAGGUUCUGCUCAGCAGUGCCAACGAGAUGGCAUUCAUCCGUUACCUGGGCACAGCAGACUUUGCCCCAGGCCUUUGGCUGGGUCUGGAACUCCGAAGCCCCAAGGGCAAGAAUGAUGGCUCGGUGGGCGGCCGCCAUUACUUCACCUGUCGACCCGGCCAUGGCGUGCUGGUGCGUCCCAGCCGCGUCACCUAUCGUGGAAUCAAUGGUUCUCGCCUUGUGAAUGAAAACAGCUGAGAACUGUGUGAUCUCUUUUUACUUGGUUGUGGUCUAUUCAAAGCAAAUGUUUUGAGUUUAAACUUCCUGUUCUUUUUUGUAUUGCAUAUUAUUUUCUCAUUCAUAUAGUUGGUCCCUUGCGCUCUGGGGUGAGAAACCCCAAUAAAACCACAGAAAUAGUUCAGUUUUAAACUACUAGAUUUAGUUUUUGGAAAAAUUUAGAAGGCAAAGAAAAGCACUUUACAGAAGUAACUUUAAAUUCUUUUAGAAAUUGUCUUCAAGGGGAAAAGUCUUAAAAGGACAUAAAACGCUGCACUACUUUUAAUGUGAUUGCACUGACAAACAAUAGAUAGAUGAGAUAAGAUAAACUGGAGGGUAUGGAUGUGCACACAUGAAAAUUUAUAUACCUGAGGCUAAUUUUGAUCAAGUCAAAUAGAUUUGUAUCAGAUAAUUUAGAAGGUAACCCUCUAACCAAAAGUGUGCAUGUGUUUGUGAUUAUAUGCGCGUGUGCAUGUGUGUAUUGAUUAAGAGCACUUUGAAAUAAGAGAGAUUGAUUGACUGAUUCUUCCAGGGUCAUCACAGGGCUUACAGACAGUUGAUGAAAGUUGAGUCAAAUCUUUAAGUCAUUGUGAAAAAAAAGGAAUAAAAUCAGCCUCCAUCAGAAUCUAACGGCAUCAACAGAGGCUGUUUCCUCUGACCUACACCAGUGUCUGCCACAUGCUAUGUAUUAAACCUACAUGGUUAAUGAUGUUUAUUUUAUGCAGUAGAAAUCCUACCUAAACUCUGUUAUGUUUAGCAGCAGUAUGCUUGUACCAAGUACACAGUCUAUGAAGUAGCACAUAGCAGGUUCCCUUUAUAAAUCUAUGAAGUUAAGAUGACUGGGUCGAGUGUGGGGACUCUGAUCAGAGCAGUCUCUAUGAUUUGACAUUUCAAAUUUUUACAACCUAAUUUGGAAAAAAAAAUGUGUCCUGUAGAUUGAAAUGGCAACUGUAGUAUCAGACCUGGCAGCUUUUCAUUACUGUAUGGUAUCAUUACAUGGAUAUUGAAGACCACAUUUCAGAGCAUUGGACGAGGCUCGACUCUUAAUUAAAGCAACUUGACAGAGGAAAUAUGCAAUCUGCCAGAAGUUUCAGACAUAGUUUGCUAUUUGAUUAAAGUCGUCUGGCCAACUCGGCAGAGAACAAGCCAUUGAUUGUGCAUGCGGAAAACAGGCUUGCUAUUCAGUAAAACACUCAUGUACCAACCAAUUAGGGCGUGUAGGCCACAACAGUAGCCGUAGAAUCUCGAAUGGCCUUCUCUCAUUGAUCUGUCUGGUCAGGCCCCCUGUGAUUGAAAAGCAGUGGUGGUCAGAGCCCAAGGUUGUCCAAAAUAUCCACCCAGCUAACAGAUUAAACAAGUAAGGGUUUUUAAAAGCUUUCCACAUUCUUAUUAAACCUUUGAAGCAACGCUUUCUUCCUAAAAAAUAGCUUCUCAUUUGCAUUAAGUCCAUCUCUGUGAUAAUUUCUGUGGCAUUUGUAAGUGUUCCACAUUUCAAAUAUUCUCUUUAGAUAAACUCUUAUAUUUUGUUGUAUCUGCAGUCCCGGUUGUUUUACAGCAGGAAUGGUUUCAAAGUCCACUGAUCGAUAUGAAAGUGUUACGGCGCGUGUUCUUGUGGGAAAUAGAUGGUGUUUUGUUUUUUUCAUGGCAUUCCUGAGAUGUACAUUUGAAGUGUAUGUGUGUGAGAGAAGGAUUUGGGCCGAUGCAUUUACAUGUUGUGCAAAAAAUAACCGCAUUUGUAAAAUAAAUAAAGUAUUCUAUUCUAAUCUGA